UCUCACUAUUAAACUUUUUAUCAAACCUGAAUUUUAGACCCUCGAUCAUUUUGUUUUGAACCAACAAAUAAAUCUUUAUAUAUAUCAGUGUGAGUUCUUUGAAGAAAAUGAUUUACAAGAUAUUCGCAGGACUGGCCGCGCAUUCCGGUCAAAUUUCCGUGGGGCUCGGACAGGGAUUCAGCGCCAUUUUGAUCCCGCAGCUGCUACAAAGCAACUUCGCCGAUUCGUCCCAAACCUCUUGGAUAGCGUCCUUGGGUGUCGUAUCCAAUCCCUUGGGAUCUUUGAUCGCUGGACUGUGCGCGGAAUGGUUUGGAAGAAGGUCAGCUAUCGCUCUGGCCAGCUUGCCGCAUGCUGCUGGCUGGUUGUUGAUAGCGUUAUCAAAAAACGUGCCGAUGCUGUACGCAGGUAGAUUCAUCAGCGGAAUCGGCAUGGGCAUGGCGAACGGCCUCUACCUUUACGUCAGCGAGGCUGCAGCACCGAAUCAGAGGGCUUGGCUAGGAAGCUGCGGCCCUGUGUUAGUGUCACUCGGUGUCCUAAUGAUCUACACACUAGGUGCAUUCACGACGUGGCAGAGAGCCGCGGCGAUUAGCAUCGGACCCGCGAUCCUCUCCUUGGCACUGACACGGAUGAUUCCCGAGACCCCAGGUUGGCUGGUGGCCCGAGGACGAAGCGAGGAAGCGAAAGAGUCGUUGCUGUGGUUGCGGGGCCCCGGUUCGAGUACCGACAGAGAGUAUCAAGACUUGUGCGAGAUAAACCUGAAGAGAGAAGAGAAGAAGGAGAACCUUGUAAAAGCUCUUCACAUGCCAAGCGUGUGGAAGCCCUUUCUUAUACUCGUCGCCUUCUUCGCGUUGCAACAAAUGUCCGGGAUCUACAUAAUCCUCUUCUACGCUGUGAGCGUUCUCGAAGACAUCGACGUGGACAUAGACCUGAACGAGUACUCUGCGAGCGUUGGCAUCGGUGUGAUCAGAUUGUUUGCGUCGAUCGUUGGCGCUGGUCUCGCGAACAGCUUUGGCAGAAAAGUGCUGGCCUUUGCCAGUGGUCUAGGAAUGGCGAUCUCCGCUAUGGGCGUUGCUGUAGCCUUCAGAUUCAAGCUACCAUCGAUAAUGUCUCUGAUAUGCAUCGGAGGUCACGUAGGAUCGUCGAUGAUAGGGUUCCUCACUUUGCCCUGGGUGAUGACCUCGGAGCUGUAUCCACUGAGGUUCCGAGGACCCCUGGGAGGUAUCACCACUAGCCUAGUGCAAAUGUUAACGUUCGCGACUAUUAAACUGUAUCCAGACCUGCGUUCACUGGUUGGCAUGGAGUCCACGAUGUGGAUGUUCGGUGGUGUCAGCCUUUUAGGAGCUUUGUUCGCUAUAACAAUUCUACCGGAGACUAGAGGUCGAAGCCUGGACCAGAUAGAAAGUGGAUUCUCCAGCAAGCCAGCGUGGGAUAGUGCCAUGCAGACCUUGCCAACCGUGUGUGCUCAGCCAAGAAACAUUACGCUUCAGAAGUUCUCUUCUAUCUCCGAAGAGAAGCACCAUAACAUGCUGGCGAAUACAUAUGUUUACGAUAACUUCUGUUUGGACUUGUCUCAUGACGAUAGCGCGGAUGCUAAAAAGGAUCCUGCGAAAGGCUCGGACACCAAGAGCGACGUUAUACACACCAUCUCCUUGGAACACGUUUACCUCUGAUGAACCAAAGGAUUCCAGAAGCAUUCGUUUUCGUGAAUCUAAACCAAAGUUGGAACACCUCUGUAGAGUAACUCAUCGGCUGUACAUCUAAUUAUCAGUUGUUUCAUUGGUAGCUCUUUUUUUAUCUGAUUUAGCAUCGAUAUUUAUCUUUAGAUAGGAUCAUAGGUUGCCUUUAAAACACAUUAAUGCUAGCUAUGCAGUAGAUUUCUCAACAGAAAUUUUCUGGAUUUAGAAGGCUUAAAGAGAAAUGAAUUUGGAUAUACGCUUGGACCUUUGUAUAUGAAUAAAAGUCAGCGUAAGUGAUUAGUGAAAAGUAUAAACCGUUUCUAGAAAAGAGUGCUCCGUAAACCUAGCGUUAAAGAGAUUAUGAUAUAUGGAUACUAUGACAUAGAAGGUCGCAACUUUAAAAAGGACAAAAAUGUUCAGUUUACUCUGAAGGAAAGUGACUUUUGAGAUUCUCAUGAAACUUUUUUUUAAUGUCUACUGGAGCAAAAGAGACAAUCAGGUGUUCUGCUUCCGGUAGAGGCCAUUUUAUGUACAAUUGUUGAUUACUUUGACUGUAGUUACCGAAACUUUCGGGAAGAUGAACACUUUGGGAUGUUGUUCUCGAGGUGUUCUCGUCAUUGUGAUAUUCUAAUACUGACGACGCGAAGUAUUUAUCGAAUAACCGAUACUUGAAGUUUGCCAAACGACUCACGGUCAGUAUUAAGAUCAUUCCUACGCCUUUUUUUAAAUGUGUUCGUUGUAAGCCGUCAGACGAGUUGUCGAGGUUCGCACGAUUCUUCUAAGGCUUUAGCCAACGAUCGCUUGUUCGUUUUUACGGUGAAUGUGUUGGCACUUUAUCUACUGAUCUAUUUAGAAAGAGUCCACACCUUAGCCUAAGAUUUUGUACGGUUGCAUACAGUGUUUCAUUUUAACUUGAACUCCGUAAUAACUCAAUAACAUGGGGUUUUAACAAAAAAAUAAAGUUAUCAAUUCCAUUAUAUGAUAAAUGGCGCCCUUUCGAUAUUUCUUCAUGGCUGCCACUUUUUUAAAUGUAAGUCAAUUUUGUGUCCUAACGAAAAUUGUAACUGGUAUUGAGACGAAAACACCGGUUGUUGUUUCUUGUUUCAUUUGAAUCAGUUUUGACCGAGUUACAGCGUUUUAAAGUUUGUUGUUUUCCAAAUUCGUCUCAAUACCAGUUACAAUUUUCAUUAAAACAAACAAAUCUUUAUAUUAAUUAAUAACUCCUCUUCUGUCCCCCUCGCAACAAUAAAACAUAUGUCUGAUACAUUUUUUUGCUAAAAGCCCAUGUUUUCGAGUUAUUACGGUGUUCGAGUUAACCCUUUGCACUCGAGAGGUGACUCUCAGUCACCAUUAGAUUUCACGCAGCAAAUCUAUCAGCAACAAUGUUUCUUUAGGUUUAAUUUCUUUGGAACUCGAAGUGUCAAUAAAAUGAUUGUCGGUGAGGUAAAGGUGACCUGACUCUCAAAUCUCGAAAGCUUAGCAUUCGUGGCAAUAGAAUGCUAAGAAAACAUCUCGAGUCGCUGGUAGAUACUAGAAAAAAGGGCCCCAGUGCAAAGGGUUAAAAUGGGGCAACCUGUAUAUUAAUCUAGGCUGACUAAUGCUUCGGCGUAAAAAAACACAUCCUAGUAGUUACUUUACUGUUACAUUUACUGUUUCAGCCGUUAAAAAAUUCAUAUCUUUAUUUCUUCUAUUCAUUUAUUAAUUUUGCCCUCUUUUAGGACUCUUAAGUAGACGCUGAGUCGUCCUACCCGAGAAGAAUAGUCUGCGAAAAUCUAGAACUCUAUUUCAGUAAAUUGUGUACGAAUCGAUUUGCAAAUUUUUGAAAAACUUCAUCAAACAUUAAGUAACAACUGUCUCACUGGAAAUUAUUUCGAACGCAAAUUUCCCUCGAUACUUUUUAACGAUGAAAAUGAGAACAUCGUUAGCUAGGAGUUACUCAUUUGCAACUGAUCGUAUCGUUGGAACCUACUACGUAUCUAUAUAAAAUUAGAAAGAUUUUCCAUGACAUUCGGCCAAGUUACAGCGAUUUAUAUUUUGAAAUCUAAUUGAAUUUCAGGGAAAAACAUUUUUAUUUUUUAAACUAAACGUUGGAUGAAUAAAUUGUAAGUAUAAAAAAGUUUCGUCUUGUCAUUCUCUAUAAGGAGAAAUUUUUUCAAAAUCGAUUUGACGAAUUUAAAAAGUUCAUCUACUUGGACGUGGCGCUUAAACUAAUAUACUUCCAGCAAAAAUUGUGCCGCGGUCAAAGGGUCAAAAACUAAACUGACGAUUAACUUUUGCACACUGUUACUAGAUAUAUCAUAAGCCUUGUCUGUUUCCAAAAUUGAGCUUUGAAAGUAAAUCACCAACAACACAGUUAAUAAAUUCCAAUGUUACAUGAUACAAUUGAAAAACCUAUAAAUAAGUUCCCAGUAGAUGAAGUGUUAAUAAGCUUCUUGUCUCCAACGUUUAUCAAUCGUUAGCCUUUUACUAGCCUUCUUGAUCGACACUUAUGAAUCGCUCUUUAUAGUAAUGAAUACUUCGUUAAAAUGGUAUUAAAUUGAAUUACGAAUACAAGUAUUUGCACGUGACAGUCUUAACCAAAAUAGAGCCGAUGCCAGAUAAAUGUUUACGGCCGAAUGAGAUGUGCGUAGGACGUUUAACCACUACCAGUCGGUAAAGUGUUAAGUAUCAAUGGAAGAAGACAACCAAACAUAUCGUAGACUUUUCAAAACAAGGAUGACGAGACGUCCUCGAAACGGUAUAAUUGAGAAGUAAAAACGACGGUGCUCUCUAUUAUUAGUAAUAAUGAUCGAGUGUUUCGCAUGAGAAUGGAUUAGAAGAAUCGCGCGAGCCUGAUUAUACAACUAUUUAUGUCUAUAGAGACAUAUUUAUACUUAUAAGAAUGUUUGUAUGAUGAAAUGUUUCUUGUUGCCGAUGCAUUGCGUAACUCAUGAUACUUGUACAUACAAUUCUACGCGAACAAUUUGUAAAUAAUGUUGUUUGAUAUUGUGUAAUGCUAAAUAUACUAUUUUUUCAAAAAAGGAAA